AUGAAUGAAGAACUUUUGAUAUCAUUAGUCCAAUCCUACUCUGAAUUAUACAAUCAAGAAGAUCCACGUUACCAUGGCGACCAGCGUCGGAUGAAUAUAUGGGAGGAGAUAUCUAAGAUUAUGAAUGAAACACCAACAAAAUGCAGAGAAAAAUGGAAGAAGAUACGCGAAAAUUUUAGAAAGGCAAGUAAUUUAAGGAAAACAAAAAGUGGCCAAGCGGCGAAAAAUUUUAAACCCAUUCGAUUUGCCAAGGAGCUGAGUUUUCUCACGCCGUAUAUACAUGCUGAAUCGCAAUCUCUCUCAAACGUUCCUGCACAAUUAAGUGAUGAUGAAGAACAUAGCUUCACUUCAUCCACUUCAGUCAACAUUGCUUCGCCAGCACAUGGAUCAUCAACAAUGUCGCCCGGAUCACCUAUAUCAAAAACGCCACCACCGAAGAAAAAAAAACCAACAGAAAGUCUACCUGGUAGUACGCAAUCCCUUUUCCAGUCUUACUUGGAUAAAAAAUACAGUCAUGACAGACAAGAAGAAGAGGAUCCCAUUAUAAUGUUUUUUAAAAAUCUUGGCCAUACUGUGUCGCAGUUUUCGCCAGAUUUGCGAUUACGUGUGAAAAGAGCCGUGUUCAAUAUCGUUUGUGAAGCGGAAGAAGAAAAUAUUCAAAGAAAUGCGACUGUUAACAUCUCAACCCCUAUUGCAUCAAGUUCUUCAAGCAGGCAAGAAUAUGCAACAGAUGUUGAUGGAUCUAGUUCACGACAGUCAUACAUAAUUUUAAAUACCAGUCAACUUCAAUCUGUUGAAGGCACUUCACAAAUGGCAACAUCCCCGUUGCAAUCGCAAACUCAAAACUAUGCAAGUCCAUUGAACGAAUAUAUUCGAUUUCAAAAAUAA